AUGGUGAGGGAAACAUACUUGUACGAUACCCUUUCAGUCACAUCCACAGCUACUGUUGAAGAAAUAUCGCGAGCAUAUAAAAAGCUAGCACUAAAAUACCACCCCGAUAAGACUAAUCAUGAUCCACAGUUGACUGAAAAGUUUAAAGAAAUGACGAGAGCUUACGAAGUUCUCAAAGAUUCCAAACAACGAUCAGUUUAUGAUAAGUUUGGAGAGGAAGGAUUAGACCUGGUUGUGGUUGCUGAUGAGUCGCCACUGUACAAUGCAUCCCCACAACAGUUUCGCCAUUUCUACACAGCAUCAGCAACAUCAAGAGGUGCAGGUGGGGGCGGCGGCGGCAGCAGCAGCAGCAGACGCAACUUCCAACAUCCAUUCGCCAACGAUAUGUUUACCCAAGUGUUUGAUGAUAUAAACUCAAUGUUUUCCAAUUCAAAUUCAUUUUUUUCAUCAUCACAUUCGUCCACCACAUCCCCUUUUGAACACAUGCGCCGUGCAUCUGGUUUUCAGCAACAACAGCAGCAGCAGCAGCAGCAACAACAACAACAACAACCAAUGAAGAAGGUGGUGAAACCAUAUGGAGAGCCACUACAGAACCAAUUAGUCCAUGGUGAUGAUAUACAUCACUGUUGUGACGUCACGCUACACGAUUUAAUGUAUGGCAAGGUUGUCAAACUCUCACUUCCAAAAAUCACUAAAUGCUUACGCUGUGAUGGAUGUGGAGGGUUGAAUGUCAAGACGUGCAAAACAUGCCUUGGUCUGGGAAGAGUAAUGAUUAUUCAAUAUAACCAGUUUGCACAGUAUAAACAAACGAGCUCCUGUGCGGCUUGUCAGGGUACUGGUAUUUACAUGAGGCCAGAGGACAAGUGCAUCUAUUGUGAUGGAGGGUAUGUUGAGGAAACCAAAAUUAUCCAAGUUUAUGUCCCACCAGGCGCCAAGUCCGGUGAUAUCAUCAUUGUCAAGGGAGAGUCCGAUGAAGGCAGAAACAUUAUCCCUGGCGACUUAAUUAUUGAACUUCGACAAAAGCCUCAUUCUUACUUGGUGCGCAAAAAUAACGACUUGUUUAUGAAUUAUGAAUUGGAUUUAAAGACUGCAUUAAUGGGAGGGGAGGUGAUGGUGCCCAAUUUUCUACGUGUGGGCCAAUUUCUCAAGAUAUACAUAAAUUGUCAUGGCUAUCAAUCAAUCAAUAGUGAAAAAGUACUAGAGGGGGAAGUAGUGGGUACAAUAAAUACCAAUGAGCCGAAAGUGAUACAUGGUUUGGGUAUGCCCAUAAACACCGAGCUACUAGCAAACAACGGCAAGAUUGUUCAGCCUAAUGAUAGACAAGAUCCAUUGUAUGUUGAGAAUGUGACACGGAGUCAUGAAAACUUCCGUCGUGGAAACUUGUACAUCAACUUCCACAUACAAUUGCCUUCUGCUGAUGAAAUUUCAGAACUGGGACUUGUUGAUUUACAAAGAAUUCUUCCCAGCAGAUCCGCUUAUAUCCCUUCACCUUCUGAUUCAGUUGUUGAAGGGCACUUGUCAAAUGUUUCUCCUUCACCUACUAAAAAGAGAAAAAUAGUGGAUUGA